AUGGAUGUAAUACUUCGUAUAGGAAUUCUUGCGGCAAGAGAUUUAGCACCAGCUGACAAGAAUGGGUUAUCAGAUCCAUAUGCAGUUAUACGAGUAGCAAAUAAAAAAUUUGAGACAAAAGUGAUUAAAGAAAAUUUAAAUCCAGUUUGGGACACUUCGUUUGAUGUUAAACUAUCAGAACCUGACAUACCACCUUGCAUCACAAUAACUGUAUGGGAUAAAGAUAAGUUCUUGAGGGAUUAUUUAGGUGAGGUUAGCAUACCAAUUAGUCGAAUAUUUGCUCGUAACAAUGGUGGUUUGAACGAUGGCCAGCCAAGAACUUUUGAAGAUCCUAAAAAUCAACCUGCUGCCUUCACCCUACAAAGUAAAUCAUCCAAACAUGAAGUCAGAGGCGAUAUCGUAUUGAAAUUUGGUAUUGUUUCUGAAGGCAGUGAGGAAGAUUUAUAUUAUUUAUGGGAAAAAAUUUGUAGGUUAGCAAACGCAAAGAAAUGA